AUGGCCCAAUCGACCGAUCCCUCUGAUCCGCCACCGGCGCUACACCCAACGCUGGAACCCUCGACUCGACGAAUGAUAGCUGGGGAUCACUCUAGAUUAGUUGCGUCCCUACCCCUACCUACUCCUCCUUCAUCGUCGUCGUCAUCAUCGUCAAAGGAUAGAUCACGGCCUUCGCAACAUCACUUCAGUACGGAGAGUAAGCAAUUCACAGGUGCAGCACUCAAGAAGUUGGCUACGCCGAGUCCUGAUUCCGUCAUCCUCCCGCUCGGUGCGGGACGACCCAGCCCGGAAUUGUUCCCUUGGGACUGUACUUCUAUCAAACCAAGUCCAUCAGCCGAAAAGAAUCGCUUUGUUCUGAAAGAUGCGGUUGACUAUGACCUUUCCUCGGUGCUUGACUACGGAUAUGCUGAAGGGUCACCACAACUACUCCGAUUCAUGAGGGAACAUGUGAAGAUAUUUCACAGCCCGCCUUAUGCCGACUGGACCACUUGCCUUUCCAGUGGAUCAACCUCUGCUCUAGAGAUUGCCCUGCGGAUCUUCUGCAACCGUGGAGAUGCCGUUCUAACAGAGCAUCACACCUACCCGGGCUUCAAAGAGGUGGCAGGCCUCAUGGGGCUUGCAAUGCAUGGUGUGGCCAUGGACACUGAGGGCAUCAGGCCGGACUCGCUCCGUACGAUGCUGCAGAACUGGGACAAAAAGCUGCACCGAACAGAGAGGCCUUCCGUCUUGUACACCAUACCUUCAGGACAGAACCCUACCGGUGUCACGCAAACGCACAAACGAAAGCAGGAGAUAUAUGAGGUUGCAGAACAAUUCGACCUCAUUAUCAUCGAGGAUGACCCAUAUUAUUUCAUUCAACUCGAGACGUCUACCGCAGCAACUGCUCCUCCGUCAAGAGACAAUGUUGCCAACGGCCACAUCCCUACGGUGAGCAGUUCGGCGGAGACAUAUUUCACCAAAAAUUUAAUCCCAUCAUACCUUUCGCUAGACAAGUCAGGGCGAGUCGUUCGGCUUGAUUCAGCUUCAAAGAUUCUAGCGCCGGGCCUCCGCAUCGGCUGGGUUACAGCUAAUGAGAGCGUCAUCGACAAAUUUGCGUCCUACCAUGAAGUCUGUACGGCUUUCCCCAGUGGGCCGUCACAGCUGAUGGUCUUUAAUCAGCUCUGUGAGAAUUGGGGGGCCCAUGGUUUCGUCAAUUGGCUAGCUAGCCUUUCAAUGCGAUAUCAAAAGCGGCGGGACAUCCUACUGCAGGCAUGCCAGGACCAUCUGCCCCAAGACAUCUGCACCUGGGAUAUACCUACCAGGGGCAUGUUUGUCUGGAUCAGGGUCGACCUGAGCAGCCACCCUGAUCUCGUCUCAGGCACGGAGCUCACGCCGCUUGAGAGCUCUAACAUAGAUGGCAGGAUCAUGACACGUGCCUUCGAGAAUGGCGUACAGGUGACCAACGGGUCUCUGUUCGAGGCCGGCACCCCAUUUCCGUCCCAAAAUGACCAGCGAGCAGUCUUCUUUCGCCUCACAUUCGCAGCUGCCACCGAUAAGGAAUUGGUAAGCGGCGUGCAGCUUUUUGCCAAAGCCGUCCAAGAUGAGUUCAUGUAG